AUGAAUCUUAUUUCAACGGUUCAACGUUCAGAUUAUCUUUUAUCUAAAGAUCUUCCUGCAUUAAUUGAACCUAAUGGAAUUCAAUAUCGAUGGUUAGGUUGUAAUCUUCUAUUUUCAACACCAAUACAUUUUAACAAAAUUUUUGUUUUUAUUUAUAAUAAUAAUAAUAAUGAUGAAGAUGUCAUCGUUGAUCGAGGAGUUUCAUUAGAUGUCGAUAUCUUUGGCGAUAAUUUAGAAGAAUUAUCAGUCAGUAGUACAACUGCUUUGCCAGUUAAUCGAACAUCAAUGACGAAUUCUUUAAAACAAAUUGUAAAACAAAAACGAUUUUACUAG